UAUGUGAAAACAAAUAGCGAAAGCAACUUGGGGUUUUGUCAUCCUCUGCCUGCCUAUCCAUUUUCCUUUCCCCUCUCACUCACUUUCUCUCUCUUAAUCAAUUAGAGUUUGUGAUCUUGAUCCAUUUAUUUUUUUUUUUCCCACUUGCUUGCUUCUUUCUCUGCAAGUACUACUCCAUAUCUCUCAUAACCAACUCUCUCUCUCUCUCUCUCGCUGUGUUUAUUCUUUUUCCAAAAAAAUUAAAAAACUAAGGAAGGGAAAAAUAGAAGUUUUUUUGCAUGGAUGAUUCGCUCUCUCCAAAACUCGACUCAGAAGUUAAUCCAAAAGACCUUGGAAAAGAAACCCAGGCAUCAAAAAGAAAUAAGAAAAUGAUUCAGAGAACAGUUGUUACAGUGAAGCUUGGAACAAAUGUAGGGAAACAAAAGAAUGAAGGUCCUCCUUCAGACUUUUGGUCUUGGAGGAAAUAUGGGCAAAAACCUAUCAAAGGAUCUCCUUAUCCAAGGGGUUAUUACAAGUGCAGUACAUCGAAGGGCUGCUCUGCCAAAAAACAAGUAGAGAGAUGCAGAACAGAUGCUUCUGUGCUUAUCAUCACCUACACAUCUAGCCAUAACCAUCCUGGUCCUGAUAUCUCCACCACCGCUAAUCUCGCUGAUCAACCACCACCAAAACCAAACCAAGUCAACAAUGAAGAACUACCUGCCCUUUCCCCAAAAGAGGAACAGCAAAAGCAACAACAAGAACACGAACAAGGACAAGGAAAUAAGAAAGAACAGACUAGUACGAACAAUGCUACUACAACUACCACUGCUAGUGAAGAUGCAGGUGAAGAUACUUUCUACUACAUACAAUCCCCAAUUAGCUGUUCCCGAGAUAUUAUAAUGGACCAAGAAGAAGACCCUUUUACAGGGAAUCUAGGGAAAACCCAUACCCAUCAUCAAACACUUGGUAAUUUCGUUUUGGAUGAAGAGCCACUCUCGUAUUCUCAACUUAUGUGCUUCUCAACACCAUCAAAAUUAUCAGAAGAAAACGAUUUCUUCGAUGAGCUUGAAGAAUUGCCCACAUCUUCAUCUUCAUCUUUUACUAGUUACAUGGGGAUGAGAAGCAAUAAUAAUCUUUCUGAGGACAUGAUUCCAGUUGUCCCUUCUUGAUCCAAGUGUUUUUUUUAAGGUUUUCUUUCCUUUUUUUUUUUUUUUUCUCUCUCUUUUGGUUCUUAGUGCUUGCAGCCUUAGAAGAAUGUACCUAGAUAUAUGUUAAAUAUAUGGCACGCCCACUACCGCGGUAGUAGUUGUUGUAUCUA